CCGGCGCCCGACUCCGAGUGACGUGCCACCAUGAAGCUCAGCCUGGCCCUGGUUGUGGUGACGACGGCAGCGGUCAGCUGCUACCCGGUGGACGACAUCGAGGUGGUGCGGCCGGGUCUCUCGGUCUUCAGGGCGUACGGCAGCAGAGCCAUUGACCCGCAGAGCCAAGAGGUCGCGGGUGCCGGUGCGCUGGAGCAGGAGGCAGAACAUGUGCUCUCUUCUGAUGCACACCAACAACCGCUUGACAACGCCGAAGAGCAGGAUGUGGAAGCGAGCGGUGAGGCACCGCUCGUUGACACCGUGCCAGGCUCUGUCGAGGAUGAGGUUUUGCCUAAGGAGGAGCCAGCUCUAGCGCCAGAGCCGAGUGCCGCCGAGGGGGCCAGCGCCGAAGAGGAGACGCCUGCAGCGGAGGCGGACAAGGCGGUAUCUGCCUAUGAGGAGGCCUUGCCCGCCGAGGAGGAAGCGAAGGCUUCACCAGAGGAGGUGACCACUGAGACCGCGGAGAUCACCACGGUGUCGGCUGCUGAGGACGCCACCGCGGCGGCUGAAGUGGAGGUCACCACGGCAGCUGAGGCUGAGGUCACCACGGCAGCUGAGGCUGAGGUCACCACGGCAACUGAGGCUGAGGUCACCACGGCAGCUCAGACUGAGGUCACCACGGCAGCUGAGACUGAGGUCACUACGGCGGCUGUGGCUGAAGAAGUCACCACAGCGGCUGCCGCUAGGGAGGUCACUACGACGGCGGCGGCAGAAGUCACUACUGCGGCUGAGGCCGAGGUCACUACGGCUGCUGAUGCGGGGGAGGUGACUACUGCCGCUCCGGGGGAGGCAGCGGCGCUGCCGGAGGCCUACGCCGAGGUCGUUGAGGUCACCGCCGAGGGGGAGGCGACCACCGCGGCGCCCGAAGGCGUCCAGGAGACCGCCGAGGCGACGUCUGAGGCCGCUGCGCAGUCGACAGAUGCCCCCGCAGCCGUGCUGACCGAACAGGAGGGCGGCGAACAGGCAGAGACCGAGCCGAUCCUCACCGAGACGUCCGAGGUCCCAGCCAAUGCCGGGGGCACUGAGGCCGUGCCAGCAGCGCCGAAGGAAGACAUUCUCAAUUACUUGCUCUAGCGCUGUCUUCUACCGGCUUCAACCAGGUCUGGUGCUGAGUGUCGCCUGCUGGUAUCGGUUUUACGCACUGGUGUCUCGUUGGCAUGCUGUGAUACGAUAGUACGGCCAGGCUGAAAUCGUCCUUCGCUCGCACCCAGCUGCCUCCCUUGGGCAUUUUAUGCAGCACAAAACAUCCGCAGCUGGUUAGGAGUAGACUGAGAUGGUCUGCAAUAUUUUUGUGGUGUCGCGGAAUGGAAUAAACCCGGCGAGCGACGAUA